AUGAAGUUGAAAAGAAAGAAGCAGGAAAGCUCUGACAGCCAUGAAGGUUCAAAGGGGAAGAUGACAUUGCCGCUUGCUCUGGUAUCGCUGAUAUCUGCGUUUGGAUCUUCUUUCCAGUACGGCUACAACGUGUCUGUGAUCAAUUCUCCAGCCCCAUACAUGCAAGACUUCUACAACAAAACCUACUUCAACAGGAAUGGUGUGCCGAUGGACAGUAGCUUCCAGACGCUGCUCUGGUCUCUUACUGUGUCCAUGUACCCUCUGGGCGGCUUCUUUGGGUCCCUCAUAGUGUGGCCUCUGGUCAACAAUUGUGGCCGAAAGGGUACUUUGCUGAUAAAUAACUUCUUCUCCAUUUCUGCUGCAAUCCUUAUGGGAACCUCAGAGCUGGCAAAAACCUUUGAAGUAAUCAUCUUUUCACGUAUUGUUAUGGGAAUAUAUGCUGGUCUGGCUUCCAAUGUGGUUCCCAUGUUCCUUGGAGAAAUGUCCCCCAAAAAUCUGAGAGGUGCUAUUGGGAUAAUACCCCAGCUCUUCAUCACUGUUGGGAUCCUUGUAGCUCAGAUCCUUGGUCUCAACAGCAUCCUUGGGAAUGCCAAAGGCUGGCCUGUGCUGCUGGCGCUCACUGGGGUCCCAUCACUAAUUCAACUCCUUACAUUGCCCUUUUUCCCUGAGAGUCCCAGGUAUCUGCUGAUACAAAAGGGCAAUGAAGAGCAAGCACGACAAGCUCUGCAGAAGCUGAGAGGCUGGGUUAAUGUGGAUGACGAGAUAGAAGAAAUGCACCAAGAAGACCGCUCAGAAAAGGAAGAAGGACAUUUCUCUGUACUCAGCCUGUGCACCUUCAGAGGCUUGCGAUGGCAGCUCAUCUCUAUCAUCAUCAUGAUGAUGGGCCAGCAGCUCUCUGGGGUUAAUGCGAUCUUCUACUACGCAGACAGAAUCUUCCAGUCGGCAGGUGUGGCCAGGAACAAUGUUCAAUAUGUCACUGUCUCCAUAGGUGGCAUCAAUGUCAUCAUGACUUUGCUUGCUGUUUUUAUUGUGGAAUCUCUGGGGAGGAGAGUCCUUCUCCUUGCUGGCUUUGGAUUGUGCUCUGUCUCCUGUGCAGUGUUAACUUUGGCCCUCAAUCUCCAGACUGUUGUCUCCUGGAUGUCUUACCUCAGCAUAAUUUGUGUCAUUGUUUACAUCAUCGGACAUGCUAUCGGAGCCAGUCCAAUUCCCUUUGUGAUGAUCACCGAGAUGUUCCUGCAGUCGUCCCGGCCUGCAGCGUUCAUGGUGGGUGGGUCUGUGCACUGGCUCUGCAACUUCACCGUGGGGCUUGUGUUCCUCUACAUGGAGGCUGGACUGGGGCCCUACAGCUUCCUCAUCUUCUGUGCCAUCUGCGUCCUCACGAUAGUUUACAUAUUCUUUAUUGUUCCUGAGACAAAGAACAAAACCUUCAUGGAAAUCAACAGGAUCAUGGCCAAGAGGAACAAGGUGGAGAUUCAGGAGGACAAAGAAGAGUUGAAGGAUUUCCCAACUGUCCCAGAUGAGCAGGCAGAGAAGAAAGAAAUCUCCAUUACUGAGCCAUGAUCCAGCUCAGUGUUUGGCCUGGCCUUGAACAAAUACAUUCAUAGUUUGAUACUAAUCUUCAUUCAGACCUUCUGCAAACUUUCUACAGCAGGAAUUUCCAAAUAAGCCACUGUGUCUUGAGAGUCUUCUUGUGAGUAAUUAGCAGGACCAUUCUGCUUCAUGACAUAGCCACUGCCAAGGCAAAUUACCUCUAUUCAUGGUAUUUGUCACAAGGAAAGGGCAAUGUCCUCAGCCAGCUCAGUUCCUGUGAUCAAGUAACCUAUGUCAUAUGGUGGUGUAUGUCGCUGAUGUCCUGACUGACACAUCUCUGCUAGCACAAGCCAGCACUUGGGCUGGGUUUUGGUCAGUUGUGUACAGGGAGUGCACUAUAUUCCUCCGAGGGAAUGUUAUUCAUAUACUUGAGGUUCCAGCAUGAGUGAUGCCAGGCCUUUGGUUUCCUGGGAUGGAGAGAGUGUGUUAGGCUGAUUAACAGCAUUUAUCAUGUCAACUCUUGUCCAUCCUUUGUGUGCCUCAAAGGGCUGCUAAACUAGAAAUACAUAUCACUAUAAUCUCAUCCCCACCCUGCUCACCCAACUCUCUCCUUCAAAUCAAACCUAGUCCUCAGCUUUUCCUGAUGAGUUCUUUCAAAGCCUUAUUCUUGAGGUUGGGAGUCAUCCAUCUGGCUGAUGCUUAUUCAAAACCAAUUUAUACAUGUUUGUUCCAGUGGAGCUCUAGUCUUUGAGUUAUUUAGCUCAGUUUACUCCCUAGUGUUUAGACUCCAGUUGCCAAGGAGCAUCAGUCCCUCUUAAUCCUUUAAUAACCCCACAUCCCUCCUCCGUAUGCAUGAGCCAGCUGAAGUUCAUUCAUCCCCCAGAGAUACGUGGUGUUCCCCAGAGAUACAUGGUAUUGAACUCAAAAACUCCAUCCUGCAUUGCAGGAGUCAAAUUCAGGUUGAUUCCUGUAUAGUGGGCUACAGGUUGGAGCCUGUGCUUGCAAACAUAUCCAAACUUGUCUUUAGUUUCUCACAUUGGGUUGCUUAAAUUUAGUUUUUGAAAUAACUCAGCUCUCAGUUACUUGAAAAAGUCUUUAGAUGCUUUAGAGCUUGGUCCUUUUGCUGGUUUUUGUUCUGUCCUCUAACCGUGCCAUUCUAACCAAAGGCUAAAUUGAUUUGGAAAAGCUCUGAAUCUAAGGACUAGUGCUGACUCUCAGAAGAAAGUGCAGUGCACACUGAUAAAAAUGGAGGAGUUCUUAAAAUACUUACCAUUUUUGGGGGGUUAAUUAUGGCAUAAUUUAACAUGGGGAAAUUCAAUUUAAUUAAUUGCUAUGUGGGGCUGCUGCCCUCUGUUUUGAAAAAAGCAGAAUUGUUGAACAGCCUGGCAUGGAUUUUGUGUUAUUGAAGGGGAUAAUCCUUCGCAUGAUUUUCCUUAAGCUUAGAAAUUGAGUUUUAUACCUGUCCUCAAACUCGUUAUGUAUACAGGUUGGAAAAGAAGUUGUUUCCAUGCUCUGUCUUUACAUCCAUUUACAGAAAAGAAGGCAUGCCACUCGUCAAAGCACAACAAUUACACAGCAAGAGCUUUGGU